CUCGAAAGUCGCCAAUAGGGGUCCUAGUUAGCUUGGUUAGAAGUCUUAACAGCUCAAAACUAGUCUGUUUCGUUUUCUUAAAGUGACUUAAUGAAGAGAUGGACGGUUAUCCCGGUGUCACUGGGGGGGAUUCUACACAACAACAAGAAAGACAUUACUACCUGUUAUCUGAACUGCAAACACUGGUCAAAGGCUUGCCGAGCUCCUUUCAGCAGCGCCUGUCCUACAACACGCUGAGUGACCUUGCUCUAGCCCUGAUAGACGGGACGGUAUAUGAGAUUGUGCAGGGUCUGCUGGAUAUACAGCAUCUGACAGAGAAGAAUCUCUACAAUCAAAGACAGAAGCUGCACUGUGAACACCAAGCACUCAAACAAGACCUUGCACGAAAACACAAAGAUGCCCUGCAGUCAUGUAAGUCUCACAACCUUGUGCUGCUCAAGGCAAACCAACAAGCCGAGCUAGAGGCUCUAGACGUUCGUGUGCGAGAGGAACAAAAAAUGAUGGAUAAGAAGAUCGUAGCAGAAAUGGAUCAAAAAGUGAUAGACCAGCAAAACACGCUCGAGAAAGCAGGAGUCCCUGGGUUUUAUGUCACUACUAAUCCUCAGGAGCUGACAAUGCAGAUGAACCUACUUGAAUUGAUCCUUAAGCUUCAACAGAAGGAGUCUCAAUCUGGACUUCUAUGAGGAGGAUGAUAGAGCAACCUAUUUGUGCCAAACAAAACUGAGAAAAAUUGGUCACAAUCCAGUAACCGUGAUCUGCCCCUGGGGUUGGCGAACGUACAACACUCCUGUCUUCUAAGAAGCGGCAAUUUCAGGCGCAUGCUCCGAGUGCUCUUAUCAUCAGUGUCAUGUGGAAAAAAGCUGCUUUUGAAGUAUUGAAGUGAGACGUUGCAAGGCACAGUGAAGCGGUAGCAGGCUGUCACAGCUUAAAUAUCACAGCCUGUAAGAAAUUAAGAAGGUGUUUUGUUAUUAAUCAUUUAAACGGGUUUACCAGCCCUGACAUGGGGACACAAGAGCCUCCCGAGACGCAUUAAUUCAACACUUGAAGUCAAAGGAGAAGUUUUGCUGAUUUAUGCGGACAGAGAAGUAACUCUGAGCAACAACGUAUUGCUUUCUGUCAAGAAAAUUAGUUAUUUGAUGUUUCUUUAUGAUACUUAUUUAAAAUGCAUAAAUAGAAACACUCUUUGAAGUGUUGUCAGUUUGACUGUUCUGUUUUUGUUUUUUUAAAGCAACUUUAUUUGAGCAUUACUGUAAUAGUUCCUACACUGUCAUUUGUUUUUGUGGCUGUUCUGUUUGUUUCAAUCAUUUUGUAUUAUUGGAGAAAUAUAUUCAUGGUUAUUAUAACUGAAUACAUGAAUAACUUAAUCCAUGAAUAAAUAAAAGUGCAGCCAAGCAGAA